AUGGUCCCGACUCCCUUCUCACUCUUGUUUGUGCCUCUGGUCGUGCUGAUGCACGUGUGCCUUUGCCUUGGUGACCUCAACCCUCGUCAAUCAUGUGGCUCGGGAUAUGAUCUCUGCUCACCUGACGGAGCUUCCACCAGGGACGUGCCUGAGAUUGGUCCUGGAAUGGCCAGGCUGUACCUCUGUCUCAUCCAAACAGUCGAUCCUCAGCCUGCACCAGUCCAUAUCGUCUCAUCUGACGAGCACACAGCCCCAGCUCAUCGAGCAAGGGACCCUCCGGGGAGUCUCUGCUGUGCCGCGACCACUCAGUGCCUUCUUGUCCUCAGCUAUAACGUUCCGGUGUGCUGGGACAAGUUCACCACGAAUUAUUAUCUUCCCGAUGGCUCUUAUGGUUCAAUUACCUCUGGUAAUUAUACCACUCCCAACGGCGACUAUGCAAACCUGAUCACGGGAACCUACCGGUUGGCGAAUGGACAAACAGGAAAUAUCUAUCAGGGGGACACGCUCGAAGAACCCAACACCUCAACGUUGUUGAUGCCAACUCCAUGGACUAGUAAAGGAGUGGGUUCCGCGAUACCAGCCAGCGACUUAGGAGCCCAGUUAACCUCCAAUUCCUCGAGCAUGCCCCGGUUGCCCACUCUCACAACCGGCUCAGUGCUCAGUGCCAGCAGUGACUCGGCUACAAUGAUACCUCUCUCUGGAAGCAACAUGACUACAAGUAGCGCACCGACGGCAUCGAUCCCCACCAAACCACCACAACCCAGCAUUACGCCUCCGAUCACGAACACUGCCACAAGACAAUCUCUUCGUGGCAUGGACCAAUUGUGGACGAUGAUAAUGACCUUUAUGGCCGUCACACUCCUGGUGUCACACUGA